UGGGCGCAGGCGACGGCGUUCUGUGGCUCUCCGCGUGCGGUGUCGCUGUCGCCGGCUCUGAGGCAGAGCGGAUCUCAGCAGCCGGCUUGUUUCAGCUGGUUGUCAGCUCGCGUCGGGUCCCGCGGAGAUGGCAGACGAUCUGGGAGACUUGUGGUGGGAGAACCAGCCGGCCGCCGCCAGCAGCCCAGAACCAUCAGGUGGUGAGGAAGGAGACACAGAGCUGAUGCAGCAGGACACAGCUUCAGUUCCUGAACCACCAAAGGAAACCAAACAGACCAAACAGCCUACAGAAUGUUUCUUGAGGAAACCAAAGGAAACAAAAGAGGAAGCCCGGAAGACCAAGAAGUGGAAAAAGAGGAAAAUUUCUGAUAUUCUUGCAAAAUCAGAGCCCAAACCAGGGACCCCUGGGGACCUUCAGAAGCUUAUCAAGGACCAUUACAGCGGCAGUCGUUCUGUAGUUGAACUAGAAGAGCUCAACCUACCAGACUCCUGUUUCCUUAAGGCCAAUGAUUUGACUCACAGUCUCUCUUCAUAUCUAAAAGAAAUCUGUCCUAAGUGGGUAAAGCUUCGAAAAACGCACAACGAGAAGAAGUCAGUCCUGAUGCUGAUCAUCUGCAGCUCUGCCAUCCGAGCCCUGGAGCUCAUCAGGUCAUUGACAGCAUUCAAAGGAGAUGCCAAAGUUAUGAAAUUAUUUGCAAAACACAUAAAGGUCCAGGAGCAAGUAAACUUGCUGGAGAAGCGUGUGAUACACCUGGGUGUGGGGACUCCUGGGAGAAUCAAACAGCUUGUUAAACAAGAUGGCCUUAAUUUGAACCCCUUAAAGUUUCUGGUUUUUGACUGGAACUGGAGAGAUCAGAAGCUAAGGAGAAUGAUGGACAUUCCCGAGAUAAAAAAGGAAGUGUUUGAGCUUCUAGAAGUGGGAGUGUUGGACCUAUGCAAGUCAGAGUCCUUGAAGCUGGGCCUUUUCUAACCCUGCAUCCUGAGGAAGUGUCCAGUUGCCAGCAGGCUGCAAGUGCUCAGUUGCUAGCUACAGUGGUGUAGCUGUGUUAGUCCUGGUCACUGCAAACGCUUCAUGGGGAUUCUUGGACACCUAUGCUGUGAGCCUGUCCUUUGGCUCAUGGCUCAUACAAUAAAGAAGCUCUGCCUUGCA